UUUGUCGUUAGUGUCAUUCUCAGAUGUAAAUUUAAUUUGAAUGAACAUUUUAUAAUUUAUAAUUUGCAGAAUCUACACACAUGUAUUAUUUAUACGGUACAGAGCGUGAUUAAGGAUUUUCGAUAAGACUUACAAAUGGAGUAUUGUCCACCGAACGUUACAUUGGGUGAGAUAUGGGUGGACCAUGGGAUUUCACAAUGUUUUAUGGAAACAGCCAGUGCAGCCUUUAUAGGAGUGUUUCUUCUCAUAUUUGGUGUUAUUCAAAUUAUUAUGUAUAAUCGCUAUGCUACAGAAGUUAUGGAUGUCAGGUCAUCAAAAUUGUUUCUAGUGCAAUUGUUUUUCACAUUAUUUGUGCCAGCACUAGCUGUAACAAGGUUUCUGCUACAGGCCUUUUUGUUUAAGGGAGGACAUAUCUAUGGAUAUAUGAUCGUAGCGUUAGUGGGGAAUCUCAUAGUUUUUCCGCUGUCAGCGUACUUGGCUACGCUUGAGAGGCGAUUUUUAUUGCCUUCAGUGCCACCGCGAGGACAUGGAUUCGUUUUGCUCGUAUUUUGGGCUAUGGUAUUCGUGUCUGAGAACUUAUCGUUCUUAAAUCUUAAUAAGGAAGGAUGGUGGUGGCAUCUAAAGAAUCUCCAAGACCGCUUGGAAAUGGCAUUAUUUGUUGGGAGAUAUGUGUCUUGUAUGAUCAUAUUUAUAUUGGGGAUGAAGGCACCUGGUAUUAUGCACCAGUUCGAAUAUCUUGAAGGGGAAGAUAGUAAUAGAAGGAAUUUACUCCCAAGGGAAGAAAAUAGAUCAACGUUUCGGAACGUUUUUAGCAAGUUACGAACAUUAAUACCUUUCCUUUGGCCAAAGAAGAGUCUAUGCUUACAAAUCUACGUGCUUAUAUGCAUUUUGGCCCUGAUUGCUGGAAGAGUCAUCAAUUUAUACGUUCCCAUCUAUAACAAACUUAUCGUGAACAGUUUAUCAAUACCACCCCUCGAGUUUCGAUGGGACCUGGUGGUGAUAUACGUUCUCUUCAAGUUCCUGCAAGGGGGCGGCACUGGCGGUAUGGGUUUCCUGAACAACCUCCGCUCGUUUCUGUGGAUCAGGGUACAGCAGUACACUACUAGGGAGCUGCAGUUAGAGUUAUUCAGACACCUUCACGACUUGCCUCUCAAAUGGCACUUAUCCCGGAAGACGGGAGAAGUUCUUCGUGUUAUGGAUAGAGGGACGGAUUCCAUAGACAACCUGCUAUCGUAUAUUCUGUUCUCUAUAACACCCACAUUGGUGGACAUUCUGGUGGCCGUGGUGUACUUUGUGUCGCAGUAUAAUGUAUGGUUCGGUGUUAUUGUCUUCUCUACUAUGCUGCUUUAUAUACUUGCGACAAUCGCGGUAACAGAGUGGCGGACGAAAUUCCAAAGGCGUAUGAAUCUAGCUGACAAUGAGCAAAAGGCGCGUUCCGUAGAUUCCCUUCUGAAUUACGAAACCGUCAAGUACUAUGGAGCCGAAUCGUAUGAGGUUGUCUCUUACAAGGAUGCUAUUUUACAUUUUCAGAAAGAAGAAUUCAAAUCGUUGCUCACCUUGAACAUUCUGAACACAAUGCAGAACAUUAUCAUAUGCACUGGUUUACUUGCUGGCUCGUUGUUAGCGGUGUCCAUGGUUGUACGUACAUACGAGUUGACGGUCGGUGAUUAUGUUCUGUUCGCAUCUUAUAUUGUCCAGUUGUAUGUGCCAUUGAACUGGUUCGGAACUUACUACAGGGCCAUACAGAAGAAUUUCAUAGACAUGGAGAACAUGUUUGAUCUGAUGCGAGUGGACUCGGAUGUGAAGGACGCGCUCGGCGCCCCGGAGCUGCUCGUGCGGCGCGGGGGCAUCGAGUUCAAGCACGUGUCCUUCGGCUAUGGGCCGGAGAGAUUGGUUCUUAAUAACAUCAGUUUCAAGGUCGCGCCUGGCUCUACUGUUGCCUUGGUGGGUCCAAGCGGCGCCGGCAAGUCGACGAUAAUGCGUCUGCUGUUCCGCUUCUACGACGUGAACGAGGGCGCGGUGCUGGUGGACGGGCAGGACGUGCGCACCGUCACGCAGGCCUCGCUGCGCGCCAACAUCGGCGUCGUGCCGCAGGACACCGUGCUCUUCAACAAUACCGUGCGAUACAAUAUCCAGUACGGGAGAUUAACCGCUUCGUCAGCGGACAUCAUAGCCGCGGCGAAGAAUGCCGACAUCCACGACAGAAUCCUUACGUUCCCUGAUGCGUAUGAUACACAGGUCGGCGAACGUGGUCUGCGUUUGAGUGGUGGUGAAAAGCAAAGAAUAGCCAUAGCGCGAACAUUGCUCAAAGAUCCAGCCAUCGUGCUGUUGGACGAAGCCACGUCAGCUCUCGACACCAACACGGAGCGGAAUAUUCAGGCGGCACUCUCUCGUGUCUGUGCCAACCGCACAACGUUAAUAAUAGCACACAGAUUGUCUACUAUAAUUCACGCAGAUGAGAUUCUUGUGCUCAAAGAUGGGGAAAUCAUUGAAAGAGGAAACCACGAAAUGCUACUAGCACAAGGCGGUUUUUACGCGUCAAUGUGGCAACAACAACUUGAAGCGAGAAACAACAAUGGCAACGGUAACAACAACAACGACAACAACGCAGAUGGUCAGAACAACAACAACAACAGAGCGCCGCAGGUCAACGGUUACGCUAUGAUGGGCCAUGGUCAUGGUCAUGGACACGGUCAUGGUCAUUAGCUAGACAUAUAUUAGAACUGGUUCGACUGCUUGUUUUCAAAUAGGGUUGCAGGGAAGCGAUAUUUCGUAUUCUAUAUUUAGAAUAGUUGCAAUAGGCUUUAUAUAAACACGUUAGACUUCUAAAGCGAUAGUAAUAAAGACUAAAAUUAUUUGACCAACAGUUCACAUAAAGUAUCGCUUCUCUUUUUCCUUAUAUAUCCUUAGAUAUGAAUUACUAGCAUAUUGCUAUUGUUUACGUCAAAACAAGUUGGUAUACAUUUUUUAAUUAGCUCAAAAGCUACCUUAUAUGAAAAAUUUGUAUGGUGAGUGAGGAUUGGUAAACUUAAGAGUUGAAGUGUCUUAAAAGUUGGGGUACUAGAUGUUAUGAAUCUUAAAACGUGGAUCAAUAUAGUGUAUAUAAUAGUUGAGUGUAUAUAGUUACCUAUUGGCAUCGAUAUCAUGGAACACAUAGCAUAAUAUAGCAUACAAAUAACAUACACUAUGCGUUUUUACAAAUAUUCGACGCUGAAAUUCUACACGCGUGUGCCAUUAGAUUUUACCGUUUGUAUGUAAGGAUGAAUUGUGUAGGUGAAUGUACAUAAAUUGAAAUAAUGCUCAGUACAUUGUACAGUUAACUACAAUAUUGUGUAAAAGAUUUUGUACAGUCGCAGCGGGAAGUGGGUAUGAUACUUAUGAAUAUUUUGGUACGUUUGGUAUGAAAAUACGUACAUA